ACCCCCAUCAAUUCUUUUCGAUGCACCGUUCUCAGAGUGCAAUUCGUCRCAACAACCAGAUUUCUCGGCCGACUAUAUUUAUGGAGGGAAGAUCCAUCUAACUAUCUGAAAUGGCCGAUGCCACAGCCGGGACAACGACAUCGGGAAGCAGAAGAGGGGCAUCGAGAAAGGUCCGUGUGUACGUCUUUCGUGAAUGGCUGCUGAAGACCUACGGGGGGUAUCUUUCCGAACAAAACAAAUACAACAACGCGGCUGUUUCGGAAUCGAAGCCCAAUGAAAAUACUAAKCAUCAAACAGAUGUAGAUCGUUCGAAAGGUCGGGGGCCGAAGAAACGAAAACGUGGAGGUGAUAMGAGCAGCUGUGGCGAUGCUUUGAUCCUAGACGUCGCCGGAGGGAAGGGGGAUCUGUCGUGGCUGCUGAAAAAUGCGGACGGAUUGGAGUCGAUCGUUUUGGAUCCGUGGAAGCCCGAUCCAAAGUCUCGAUCGAGAAACGAACGGAUGACCAAGAGCAUAGAGUACCUGCGGAGCCAUCCGGAGGAAGCUACGAAACGGUCGAUUCCGUUCCUGCCGACGUACCAGCCCCUGGCAGCCUUGAUGCCGCGGCUUCUKGAAGAGCGAAGGAAACGCCUGUUGCGACCGUCGAGAGGGGAGCCACACAAGCCAUCAUCAGCUCCCGAUCUAAUCAGUGUCAGUGAGUCCCAUUCUAUUGACCGCUGCAGGCCCGAAGAUUUUCUGACCCCCCGGCUUUUGCAGGUUCCGCUCGACGAGGACAUGGUGCAGCGGGUGCAGAGGCGGAUACUCGACAAGAACGAUUGGUCUGCUGGGAACUCGGAACCAGACCACGWAAUCGACACCGAUGCAGAAACAAGUGUCGAUCACGUCAACACUUUCCACAACACGGUUGCAAAUGRCACCGCUCACAGCAAGCCCGGGGACGGACGCGGCGGCGGCGAGGAGGAUGCCCUCGGUGUUUUGGCUUCCGGCCGCAUCAAGUUGAUCGUGGGAUUCCACCCGGACCAAGCGACGGAACCCUGCGUCGAUCUAGCCAGGGUGCUUGGGAUCCCCUUUUGCAUCGUUCCGUGCUGUGUCUUUCCRUCGGAGUUUCCCAACCGUCGCCUGCGAUUGGGAAACGGGGAGACGUCGCUAUCGCCACCGUUGGUAGGAGGGACCAACCAAAGGAACGAAAGCGGUGGAGACCGAAGUAUGGAUCCCAACCAACCAAAGGAAGAACAGUUGGUUCGCGUGCGAACCUACAAUCAAUUUCUGGAAUACCUGAGACAGAAACCGACCAACAAUCAGAAAAUAYACAUGGCGCACCUCGAUUUCCCGUUUACCGAAACCGCGAAGAACAUUGUGCUGUACACAUUACCCCCGUCGUCCUGAACCGACRGGGGUGCUAGGUGAUGGCUUAUUGCCGARGAUAAAUUCGYGAAAAGAAAWCAUUUAUUCGAAA